AUGACAAGAGCAUUGAAUACUAUUCUUGGACUUGGUGCAUUAAUUGCCCUCUUUUAUGUGUUCUUCAGACACCCAAAAACUCAAGAAAAUUUGGCCACUGCUUAUGAUAAUGUGAAUGACUCGUUGCAACAGUCGUACAUUUUGUAUUUUGAGCCUAUUAAAGAAAAGUUAACGAAGGAAGAAUCUUCAACCAUGGAGAAGCAAAUGGAUGAGCUUGUCAAAUCCUACCACCAGUAUGUGGAGAAGGACUUGGGAAGUCAUGUGAAACACACCUAUGAUACUACUUUGCAUGGUAUCAGCAUCCAGCUUGGUCACACAAAGAGUCUUUUGAAUGCUGUGGGUGCCACUGCUGUGAACAAAGGAGAAAUUGCUAUUGACAAACUUCAAGAGCUAUUCUACAAGUUUAAGGGCGAUGAUCUCAAGAGAUGGGGCAUUCGUAUGAAGUUGGAGAAGGAUAAAAAGGCUGGCAUUUAA